AUGGUGAGCAGUAGAAAAAAAAAAGCUGAGGCAGUUGGAAAUGUCUCAAAAAGGAAGAAAAUUAAAGAGGCAGUGUCUGAAUCAGAUUUGGAAUUAAAAGAGAUAAGCGACUACGUCGAUUCUGGUGAAGAUGUUGCCAAGCGCAGUGUUAGUGGUGACAGUGAAGAGAGCGAGAGAAGUGGGAGAAAAAAUGAUGAUGGGGAUAAUGAUCCCUUAUCUGUGUCAUCUUUUUCAAGGUUUAUUUCUGUGGAGCGAUAUGAUCUUCAAAUGAUAAUGGACAAGGUCAGGUAUUUAACGACAAAGAUAUCGGUCAGAUCAAGAAUGGCUGCUUAUCGAGAAUUUAAGCAAGUUUUUGUCGACCAGGAAUUGAAGAAAAGAUUCAAUGAUGAUGAUGAGGAUUUGGGUGGUGAUCCUGUUGGAGUACGCGUUGGUGAUGAUGCUUCUUUGAGCACCUCGAAAGAUGCAGCGGGCACCUCAUCCCUUGGGGAUCUUCAUAAGGGUGUUGUUGUGCUCGAGGAAACGUUAUUGAAUAUUGCUGCCUAUAUCAGAGAGAAAAGACUGAAGAAAAAAGAAAAUGAUGAGCGACAACGUGAGCGAGGUGAAGAAAGAAAAGAAGAUGAGGAAGAAAAAGAAGCUGAAGAAGCAUCAGCUGCUGCAGGUGAAGAAAGAAAAGAAGAUGAGGAAGAAAAAGAAGCUGAAGAAGCAUCAGCUGCUGCAGAUACUGAAAAAGAAGGAGAACAAGGUAAGAAUGAAGCAGCAGCUGUAGUUGUUGAAAAAAAAGAGCUAAAGCUGAAGAUGAAAAGGAAGAAGUGGCAGACAAAGAAGAAGGAGAACAUAAAGAAGAAAAAUAAGAAGCUUACCAAAAAGAUGUAG